AGAAUUUAACUGCGCAGAAGUGCUGCGCGCUGACGGAUGUCCAAAGUUUAGAACUUUUUCAAUCAAUGUGCGUCUCACAUGGUCUCGAGGAUGGGGACGGCUUAGACGGAGCAAACUUCUCCGUGCUCAAAACGUUCCCCUCUUUUUCUUCUCUGCGUGACGUGCUGCGGGGAGCUGUGAUUUCACCGUCUUCAAAAGAGGGACACGCGUGGCGCGCGCUCUCGGCGUAUUUUGGAGCUUUCCUCUGAGCGUGAAGUCAUGCAGGCUCGAUACUCCGUCUCCAGUCCGAACUCUCUGGGCGUCGUGCCGUACAUCAGCAGCGACCCCAGCUACUACCGGGCUGCAGCCGGUGGGGGGUACACGGGUAUGCCAGCACCCAUGAACAUGUACUCUCACGCGGCGCACGACCAGUACCCCGCCAGCAUGGCCCGGGCGUAUGGACCGUACACCCCCCAGCCUCAACCCAAGGAUAUGGUGAAACCCCCAUACAGUUACAUCGCGCUCAUCACCAUGGCUAUCCAGAAUUCGCCUGACAAGAAGGUGACCCUGAAUGGGAUUUAUCAGUUCAUCAUGGAGAGGUUUCCCUUCUACCGGGACAACAAGCAGGGCUGGCAGAACAGCAUCAGACACAACCUCUCCCUCAAUGAGUGUUUUGUCAAGGUGCCCCGCGAUGACAAGAAGCCCGGGAAAGGCAGCUACUGGACCUUGGACCCGGACUCCUACAACAUGUUCGAGAACGGGAGCUUCCUGCGCCGGAGGCGGCGGUUCAAGAAGAAGGACGCGCUAAAGGAGAAGGAGGAGCGGCUGCAGAAGGAGCUGCCGCCGCGGCAUCAGGGCCGGGAGCAGGAGCAGCCGGUGCAGGGCUCUCAGCCCGUCCGGAUCCAGGAUAUAAAGACCGAGAACGGGACAGUCACACCGCCACAGGCCAACUCCCCCUCACUAAACACCGUUCCCAAAAUCGAGAGUCCAGACAGCAGCAGCAGCAUGUCCAGCGGGAGCCCGCACAGCAUCCCCUCCAGCCGCUCUAUCGUAAUGGACAGCUCCGAGCAGCACCACGGGCAGGCCUCGACGCAGGGCUUUAGCGUGGACAACAUCAUGACCUCUCUGCGCGGAUCUCCUCAGGGCGCGUCGGAGCUCAGCUCCAGCCUCAGCGCCUCCAGCAGGACAGGUAUCACCCCGUCUUUGUCCCUAAACUAUUCUCCCAGUCAAACGUCUGUCUAUAGCUCACCCUGUAACCAAAGCUCCAUCUCCACUACCUCCAACGCCACAUAUCAUUGUAACAUGCAAGCCAUGAGCCUUUACGCUGGGGACAGAGCCAACCAUCUGGCACCGAGCACCACCGUGGACGAAACGUUGCCUGACUACUCAAUCACAACCACCUCAUCCUCUCUGACCCACGCGAAUCUAAAUUCCGGCCAGGAGGGCCAUCCCUCCCACCAGGGCAGGCUUGCCUCCUGGUAUCUGAACCAGGCCGGAGACCUGGGCCACCUGGGCGCCUCUUACCCGGCACAGCAGCAGAACUUCCACUCAGUCCGGGAGAUGUUUGAAUCCCAGAGAAUUGGCCUGAAUAACUCAUCUGUAAAUGGGAAUAACAGCUGUCAGAUGUCAUUCCCACCGAGCCAAUCCAUCUAUCGCACUUCGGGAGCUUUUGUAUAUGACUGCAGCAAGUUCUGACCAAAAAAAUAACUAAAAUAAAAAUUAAAAAAGCCUUAACCUUCCCCCACAUCUCUGAACUGCCAUUUUUAAAAUCCCUUUUGGGCUGAGACAGAAAAACACAACAGACUUGAUCUUUGCUUUUUUUAAAAAGAACAAAUGUUACAACAGAUAUCACGUAAGUCUCUUUUUUGUUAUUUUUGUGGCGUUAUAUGUAAAAGAUGUGUCACUUUUUUGGAAGCUGUAAAUUGCAUAUAGUAAUUUAUUUCUAAACUGUAGCCGGAUAUUAUGGACCAAACACCCAAAAGUGUUUCUAAUCUAAAUGAUCACAACUGUCCAAAAGCUGCUGCAUUAUCAGACUUUAAAAAAAAGAAAACAUGGAAAAAGGAAGGAACGUAGCUUAUAUAUCAUCUUUUUAAAGAUUCUUUAUUUGUUGAUAACUAUUCUGAAGGAUUUGUUUUUCUUUUAAUAAAUUGUCAUUUUUUGUGAGUUAA